CAUUGAUAAUUCAAUUAUUCCUCUUGCUUUGCUUUUCCUCAUUCGCUCUCCAUUGCUUCUUCCCCUCCGUCGUCUCCUCACAAGACAAGGAACCUCCAUCAGCUAAUUGUUUAUACUCUCAUCAUCCAUGGCUUCUUCUUCCUCUUCCUCCUCUGAAUCGGCGCCUCGCAGUCGCGGCCAUGGAGGAUCUGAACACGAUCGCUGCCGACUGCGUCGUCAUCUGCUGCUGCUGUCAGUGCCUGAUCUUGCAGGUCCUGGUCUUCGCUCUGCUCGGGCUUCCCGCCAAAUUGGCGAAGAGAACCAGAGAAUUUGUUAAGAGAAAGCUUAAUCGAGGGAGGAGAUCGGGGGAGAUUGUGAAGAUCGAGGAGGAAGAGCACUGUGUUAGGGUUGGUGCGGGGAGGGAGAGCGGUUUUGGAGACGACGAGGAAGAUGAAGGGCGUCAAAGGUGUGGGAAGUGUAUAGAGGAAGUAGAGAAGGUGAUGAUGGAGUUAUACGAGAAGGGAGAAUUUGGGUUUGGGAGCUUCUGGGGUAGAGGAAGGGAAGGGGAAGAGUCUGGUUGUUCUGUUCCCGCCAUUAAUGUGGGUACUCCGAGUCAAAUUGAGCAGGUAGAAGACGGAGGAGAUGAUCAUUUUGUAAAAUACCAAAUAAUCCAAACGGCAGGUUCAUCGCGCAAAACAUAA